AUGCAAAAUCCCAUUUCUCCAGUAUACCGAAAAAUUCAAGUGAAUGAAAGAGCAAAAGUAUGGUACCGCGAAGCUGGGUCUCGCAACAAACCAACAAUUCUUUUGCUUCAUGGCUACCCCACAUCUUCCAACAUGUUUCGAAAUUUGAUUCCUCUGAUUGCAACACACUUUCAUGUCGUUUCUCCCGAUCUCCCAGGAUUUGGAUUCACGACCGUGGAUGAAGACUAUACUUAUACUUUCGAUAACUUAGCCACGACCAUUUUUCAUUUUGUUAAAUCCAUCGGUUUGUCCAAAUAUAUUGUUUAUCUUUUUGAUUAUGGGAGUCCCGUCGGAUUGAGAUUAGCUCUCAAAGAUCCUUCGGCAGUUUUGGGUUUGAUUAUUCAGAACGGUAACGCGUAUGAAGAGGGCUUGGAUGAUAGAUUCUGGGGUCCCUUGAAAGACUAUUGGAGGUCUGAUCAGCAAAAUCCAUUGUUCUUAGACCAGUUGAAAAGCUUCGUCAAAGACUCAAAGAAUAUAACAUGCCAAUACUAUGAUGGUGUUUCUAAUCCAGAGAUUGUUGAUCCAUCUGGUUAUACCCUGGAUAUAGCUUUGAUGGCGCGACCAAAUCAAUCUGAUAUACAAGUCAAGCUUUUCUAUGAUUACAAGAACAAUGUGACAAUGUACACUGAAUUCCAAGAAUUUUUUAGAUCAUGCGAUAUUCCAGUGCUCAUCGUUUGGGGAAAAAACGAUGUCAUCUUCACAGUGGCUGGCGCUGAGGCCUAUAAGAGAGAUUUGAAAAAUGUAACCUUGAGGUUUUACGAUACCGGGCAUUUCGCUUUGGAAACACACGUAACCGAAAUUGCGCAUGAGAUCAUUCAGGCAUUUGGAUCUUCCACCUUGCCGGAUGCGGAAUCAUGA